AUGGCUCUUUUAAGAAUUGCCCCCUGGUGCGUAAACGUGGGGGCGUGGUUAUCGCGUGCAGUGGCACCGCGGGCAGGCGUCAGGUCAGGCGGUCACUUUACGAGGUUGGAGAGCGAGCGGGAUUUCAGUGUCGGAGUGCGUGAGCGCGCGGCACACGCGAGCGCGCCGCGAACGUCGCCGCGAACUACGACGCUCGCCGCCUGCGCCGUAACAGUUCAAUCAGUACACAUAUGGGCGGGUGCGAGCUGA